UUAAAAUGGAAAAGUUUUCUUUGCAGGUUGUGGUACAGUUCGUGGAAAAUCCUUGUAGUGACAAUAAUAUUUCAAUGUGAGUCUGUCUACGAGAAAGAGAUCUUAGCUAAACAUGCAAGUGUACUUUAACCUUUCCCACACAGGAAAAAGGUAAACAAAUAUGGGACCUCGGAAAUCAUGUGAUCUUGACCCCUUGGGGAAUUCUGCCACUUUACCACAGCUGGAACCAAAAUACAUUUCUAUUUUAACAAUGUGCAUUGAUCAGUAAAACAAUUGACGGUUGUCAUUUCCCUAUAUUAAGGUUUUUCCCUGUGGACUUUUUAUAAACUUUCAUCUCCACGGUGCCAUGUUCUUCAUGUUUUCGCUUUGGUGAAACUGUUUUGGUCUUUUAUGGUUUUAUUGUAAUUAUAAUUGCCGGCAAUUCAUUGUGCAAUAAAAAAAUCAUAGGCGUAUGUACAGUACCGGCCACUUUCAAAGAGUUUGGACCGCCUUAUCUUGUGGGUGGUCUAUAAACAGAUUCGACCUGUUGUAAAGAAUCAAAUUAAUGCAACGCUCCUCCACACUUCUGCAAACUAGCAGUGAGUCAUUUAGAAUGUGAAUUUGUUUGCUAGUCUUUAGAAAAAUGUACGGCAUUAUAAAAUUCAUAGUUAUAAUUCCUUCAGUCCUUUGUCAAGAAAGAUUCAUGGCUUGUCAGAAGACAACAGAGUGACCAUGGAAUGCAGUUGGAAUGCUGCUGUAAAUAUACGUCGGAAAUGUUUUGAAUUGCAGUUCAUUGAGUUGCAUGAGGUUGCUUAUCAUCGAAACUAUCUUUAAAUUGGAUGAGUCCAAAUUAGCAAGCUAAUUUGCAAUCAUACAUACAUUUGCCAAUAGGAUAUCAAACUGAUAUAAUUUGUAUUUGCUAUGUGACAGAUGUGUCACAAGACGUUUGAGAGGAAGAAUCUAAACAACAUCUCAUCAUCACAAGGUUUUUUUUUUAUCAUCAUCACAAGGUUACUUUAGUGUAUUAAGAAUUUCUGUUUGUAUUUGACUUCUGUCUCCACCUGGCGGUCAGGUUGCGAAUUGCAGCUCUAUUAGUUUGGUCUGAAGAAAACCCCCCUGCAUCGAUUACUCCCUGAAUACCUAUUAGACUAGUAAGUCUGAAAUUUACUCAGCUUUUGUGCUUGAUUGUAAAAAUCUUUAUUUUCGCUCCUUCUUGAUACAAAUUAUACAAUUUAAAAUUGGUCAUCACGCUACGCAACACAUUUGAAAAUUAUGACAUUUGAUUUCUGGUGCCUUUUUAAACGCUGAUCUAUAAUAACUUCUCAUAUAAUAUAUUUAAGUGUUAUUAAUAUACUGUAUAUUAUAUUCAUUACACAACGGAUGUUAGUAUGAGUUUAGCUUUUAGCCGGGCUCCCCGAAAGACCGCGGGAAACCGCAUGUCCAGACUGCUGGAUGCAGAAGAGGAAGAUGACUUCUACAAGACCACCUAUGGGGGAUUUCAUGAUGAAUCAGGUGAUGAAGAGUAUAAGGGUGACCUCUCUGAAACUGAAGACGAGGUGGACAGUGACUUUGACAUUGAUGAGGGUGAUGAACCUAAUAGUGAGCAUGAGGAAGAUGGACCGCGCAGGAAGACCAGAGUGGUGACCAAAGCCUAUAAGGAGCCUGUUAAAGUGGUCCGGCAGAAACCAAAACAAAGAAAACUGACUGAACUGCCGAGGAGGACAGACAAGGCAAAAGCUGACAAAUACAACCCCCCCGAACUACAGGAGGACAUCAGUAGGAACAGAAAGUCUGUGCGUCAGUCCACGACAGAACACACACGACUGACGUACCUGAGGCUGCAGGAGAGACAAGUUGCUCCACGUCGAAGGAAGGGCGCUAGACAUGAGCGACCUUUGACCCAAGCUGAACUUUUGGCAGAGGCCAAGGUCACAGCAGAGAUAAAUCUACGAUCUUUGGAAAACUAUGAGCGUUUAGAGGCCAACAAGAAACGGCAGGUCCAUAUGAAACGACAGUGUGUGGGUUCUGUUAUACGGUAUCAGUCUGUGCUCAUGCCACUGGUGUCCGACGUCAGUCUUAAAGAGGAAAACGUUGAUGUUGAGGGGUUGGACCAGGAUGCCCAACCAAAUCCAGGACCCCAAGCUUUCUCCCAAUCAGAUACAACCCUUGCUGCACCAUCUAGUGUCCAAUCCACCAAUGCUUUUUCUGUAAAUACACUGCCACCAGGAAAUGCCAAAUGCUCCCGUACCUACAUUACAUUCAGCGAUGAUGAAACCUUCCAGCGCUGCUUUCCUCAAUCCCCAGCUCCUCGCAUUCCUGUCCAAGAGGUCUGCCCCGUUACCCAUAAGCCUGCGCUCUAUCGAGACCCCAUCACGGACAUUCCUUACGCUAAUGUACAAGCCUUUAGGAUCAUCAGGGAGGCUUACAAAAAAUAUGUGGCUGCUCACGGCCUGCCCUGCACUGCCACAGCGACUCCAGCUGACACUGCUGUGAAAAAUCUCAGACAGAAGAUUGUUAUUAAACAAGGGAUGGCGUAAAAUAAACUAGAUUAAAGAUUAAAAUGUGGAAAGAAAAGAGGUUGCCCAGGUCAAACAGUGUAGGGUAUUGGAAGUUUCACAAAUAUUUAGUCUGUUAUUUGGUGUCAUACAACUGCAUUAAACUGUUGGCUAUCAAAUAUCUAAUGUAAUAGUAAUGGUUUGUAUAAUUUAAACUACAACUUUUUCUUCAGCCCUACUGAAAAAUCCAGCUAAGACCAGCAUAAGCUGGUGAGCUGGUUUUACCUGGUCUCCCAGCUUGGUUUAAGCUGGUGGCGUAGCAAGCUGGUCUUGCUGUGUUUUGAUCACUUUUUAAGCUGGUCUAGCUGGACUUAGUUGGUCAGGCUGGAAGACCAGCUAAAACCAGUUUCCAGCUUAUGCUUGUCUUUGCUGGAUUUUUCAGUAGGGAGUGUUGUUAUUUUGCUGUUCUGCACUUUAUUUAUUAUUUUUAAUGGCAUUGUUGUAAUUGAUUGUAAAAGGAGUGUGUUAAUAUGAUUAAAAUAGCAUA